AUGCCAUUUCAAAAUGAGGAGCUGAGCUGGUUUGCAAUGAUCAAAGUUACAUCUAUCCAUCCAGAAUGCAGGAUAUUCCAGCAGGUGGUAAAAGAUGAAGCUCUAUGUUUACAGAAAAAUGAAUCGAUUUUACCAGAUUUUGAAGGAUGUCCAGGAGACUGGGACGGUUUAAGUUGCUGGCCCAAAGCUACUUUUGGGGAGGUGGUGAAAGUGGCCUGCCCAGGUUUUUUUGAAGAAAUCACCAAUAUACAUGGUUUCCUGCAGAGAAAUUGUACGCAAGAAGCCUAUUGGUCAGAACCAUUUCCACCGUACUCUGUCGCUUGUGGAUUUGAUGAAGGUGCUAGUAAAGCGCCUGAAGAUCAGAAAUCAUAUUAUUCUGCAGUUUGGCACGUCUAUACUGCCGGCUAUGCGACCUCGCUGACUUCUCUCAUCACAGCUCUCCUGGUCUUUGCUGCCUUCAGAAAAUUCCACUGUACACGUAAUUUUAUCCACAUGCACCUCUUUGUUUCCUUCAUCCUGAGAGCCACUGCUGUUUUCACCAAAGAUGCUGUCCUGUUUGCAGAUGAAAACAUGGACCACUGCCUUAUGUCGACGGUUGCAUGUAAGGCGGCUGUGGCAUUCUUUCAGUUCAGCAUUUUAGCCAACUUCUUCUGGCUCCUGGUAGAAGGGAUAUACCUGCAAACGUUGCUUCUGUUGACCUUUGUUUCUGACAAACAGUAUGUGUGGUGGUUCAUUUUGGCUGGCUGGGGGGCUCCCACUGUUGUGAUGUCUGCUUGGAUUGUAACCAGAAUCUACAGACAAAAUACAGGAUGCUGGGAUGACGACGAGAAUGGGAUGGUGUUAUGGAUCAUCCAGGGACCCAUCCUGCUUACUAUAUUAGUUAACUUCAUUAUAUUUGUAAAUGUGAUCAGGAUUCUAGUACAGAAAUUAAAAACGCCUGAGGUUGGAGGCAGCCACUCCAGCCACUUUGUGAGACUAGCUAAAUCCACGCUACUUCUGAUCCCGCUCUUUGGAGUACACUAUAUCGUAUUUGCUUUUUUCCCAGAAAGCACUGGAUUGGAAGCUAGACUUUAUAUGGAGCUAGGCUUGGGCUCCUUUCAGGGCUUUGUUGUUGCCCUCUUAUAUUGCUUCUUAAAUGGAGAGGUUCAAGCUGAACUGAAGAAAUGGCUGCGUAAGCUGCAAUAUCAAGAGUACUUGAACUUCACGUACAGAAAACGGACUGUAUCCAGAGAAAACAGUCCUAUUAACUAUGUCACACAGUUAUCACUACUGGAAAAAAUCAGCCCUAAGAAAAAAACAUCCAAGUACCAGAAUGGCAUGUCCUCUGUCUGAGUGUCUUAAAGGAGGCUGAAACAUUCCCAUAUUGUCUCCUGAAAACAUGGACUGAGAUGACAGUGCAGAUUAUCUGUUGGAUCUUCAUGAUACUGUCCCAUCUAUGAGAACUUCUUCUCCCAGACACCAUCUGUUCCUUUCACCUAUUACAAAAAAAAAAAAAUAGAGGCCAGAUCUUUUCUUCUUCAAGCACUCAAAAUUCACUCCCUUAGAUACCAACCGAUGUAAGUCAAUGCUAGGACAGUGGGAUGGGUCCAUUGAUUUCAGUUCAUGCCAUAA